AUGACCAUGGUGAAAAGGAAGGGACUGUUAUUUUCCCUGCUCUACUUUAUGGCAGAGUUUUGGCUCACUUCGCAGCAAGUCCUGAGAAUUGGGGGCAUCUUUGAGACGCUGGAAAAUGAGCCCAUUAGUGUUGAAGAGCUGGCCUUUAAAUUCGCUGUAACCAACAUAAACAGGAACCGGACCUUAAUGCCAAACACCACAUUGACCUAUGACAUCCAGAGAAUAAACCUAUUUGACAGUUUUGAGGCCUCAAGAAGAGCCUGCGACCAGUUGGCGCUGGGAGUCGGGGCUGUGUUUGGCCCCUCUCACAGCUCAUCUGUCAGUGCGGUCCAGUCUAUUUGUAACGCCCUGGAAGUCCCUCACAUCCAGACACGCUGGAAACAUCCCUCAGUGGACAACAAGGACAGCUUCUACAUUAACCUCUACCCCGAAUAUGCCUCUAUAAGCAGAGCCGUGCUGGACAUUGUGCAGUUCUACAAGUGGAAGACGGUCACUGUGGUCUACGAGGACGCAACUGGACUGAUUCGUUUGCAAGAGCUCAUCAAAGCUCCAUCGAGAUACAGCAUUAAAAUCAAGAUCCGCCAGCUGCCCACUGGAAGCAAAGACGCCCGUCCUCUGCUGAAGGAGAUGAAGAAGGGGAAGGAGUUCUAUGUUAUCUUUGACUGCUCCUAUCAAACAUCAGCUGAUGUCCUCAAGCAGAUUCUGUCCAUGGGGAUGAUGACUGAAUAUUACCACUUCUUCUUCACCACGCUGGACCUGUUCGCCCUCGACCUGGAGCCGUACCGCUACAGCGGGGUCAACAUGACGGGCUUCAGACUGCUCAACAUCGACAAUCCUCAGGUGGCCUCGGUGGUGGAGAGGUGGGCCAUGGAGCGGCUGCAGGCUCCCGCCAAAGCUGAGACUGGGAUGAUGGAGGGGAUGAUGACGACUGAAGCGGCUCUGAUGUACGACGCCGUCUACAUGGUGGCUGCCGCCUCGCAGCGCACCUCCCAGAUCACUGUCAGCUCCCUUCAGUGCCACCGUCACAAACCCUGGCGCUUUGGAUCACGCUUCAUGAACAUGCUCAAAGACGCACAAUGGAACGGCUUGACGGGACAAAUAAUUAUAAACAAGACAGACGGCCAGCGGAAAGAAUUUGAUUUAGAUGUCAUCAGCCUAAAGGAGGAUGGCCUGGAGAAGACAACCGUGGGCAACAACCGCCUGAAUAAAGUGUGGAAAAAGAUUGGUGUGUGGAACUCCCAGACGGGCCUUAAUUUAUCAGAAAUCAACAAAGACUCAUCUACAAAUGUCACCGACUCAAUGGCCAAUAGGACCCUCAUUGUCACGACUAUUCUGGAAAACCCUUAUGUCAUGUAUAAGAAAUCUGAUAAGCCGCUGUAUGGAAACGACCGCUUUGAGGGUUACUGCCUCGACCUGCUCAAAGAGCUCUCCAACAUCUUGGGCUUCUCCUACGAGGUAAAGCUGGUGUCAGACGGCAAAUACGGAGCUCAGAACGACAAGGGGGAGUGGAACGGCAUGGUGCGAGAGCUCAUUGAUCACGUGGCUGACCUCGCUGUGGCCCCGCUCACCAUCACGUACGUGAGGGAAAAGGUGAUCGAUUUCUCCAAGCCGUUCAUGACGCUUGGCAUCAGCAUCCUCUACCACAAACCCAACGGCACCAAUCCAGGAGUGUUUUCCUUCCUCAACCCGCUGUCUCCUGAUAUCUGGAUGUAUGUGUUGCUGGCAUGCCUCGGCGUCAGCUGUGUGCUGUUUGUCAUUGCCAGGUUUACUCCCUACGAGUGGUACAACCCUCACCCCUGCAAUCCAGACUCAGAUGUGGUUGAAAACAACUUCACUCUAAUAAACAGUGUCUGGUUUGGAGUUGGAGCACUUAUGCAGCAAGGAUCCGAACUGAUGCCCAAGGCCCUCUCCACAAGGAUAGUUGGUGGAAUAUGGUGGUUCUUCACACUGAUUAUAAUCUCCUCAUACACUGCCAACUUGGCUGCCUUCCUCACUGUGGAGAGAAUGGACUCACCAAUUGACUCUGCAGACGAUUUGGCCAAACAAACCAAAAUAGAGUACGGUGCUGUACGAGAUGGCUCCACCAUGACCUUUUUUAAGAAGUCUAAGAUCUCAACUUAUGAGAAAAUGUGGGCAUUCAUGAGCAGCAGGAAAAACACAGCGCUGGUGAAAAACAACCGGGAGGGCAUUCAGAGGGUCCUCACCACGGAUUAUGCUCUUUUGAUGGAGUCCACCAGCAUCGAGUACAUCAGCCAGCGCAACUGCAACCUCACACAGAUUGGAGGCUUGAUAGAUUCAAAGGGCUAUGGUGUGGGAACCCCAAUUGGCUCCCCUUACAGAGACAAAGUCACCAUCGCCAUCUUGCAGCUUCAGGAAGAAGGGAAGCUGCACAUGAUGAAGGAGAAAUGGUGGAGAGGGAAUGGCUGUCCAGAAGAGGACAGCAAGGAGGCCAGCGCCCUGGGCGUGGAGAAUAUAGGGGGCAUCUUCAUUGUGUUGGCAGCCGGACUAGUCCUCUCAGUCUUUGUAGCAAUCGGAGAGUUUAUUUACAAAUCCAGAAAAAACUUGGACAUUGAGGAGGUGAGUGUCGGCCAGUGCGAAUGGCACAACAAGUAUUAA